AUGUCGGCCCAGCUUACAUCCAACGCCGCCGCCAGGAUCGCAACAGACCCUACCGUCUAUGAUGAGUAUCGCUCGACGUGGGCAGAGCAACCAAAAAACGACGGUGAAUGGAUCCAAAGAGCCAAGGACGUCGCAGUUGUACUGGCAGCAGACGCCGUGCAACGCGACCGUGAGAACAAGUCGCCACGCGCAGAGAUUGCUUUAUUAAAACACUCCGGCCUUCUCAAGGUCUUGGGGUCGCAGCGAUAUGGUGGCGGAGAGCAGCCUUGGUCCGUUGGAAACCAGGUUAUCCGCGAGGUAGCCCGCGGAGAUGGAUCUAUUGGAAUGCUCCUGGGCUACCAUCUACUGUGGUCGACAAUUGCUCGAGUUGUCGGGUCGCCAGCUCAGGCUGAACGGUUUGAAGAGCUCAUCAUUGCCAACAAUUACUUCGUGGGAGGCGCCGUCAACCCGCGUGACAAUGACCUCACCAUCACGAGGGAUGGCGACGAGCUUGUUUUCGAGGGCUUCAAGUUUUUCAACACGGGCGGCGUCGUGUCCGACUUGACUGUCCUUGAGGGAUCUUAUGAAGGCACUUCUGACCACAUCUUUACGGUUGUCAAGACAGACCAGCCUGCUAUUGUGUUUUCUCACGAUUGGGAUAAUAUCGGGCUGCGACUAACAGAAUCCGGAAGUGUCAGGAUUAACAAGGUCAGGGUGCCCUGGUCCGACGCUCUGGGGUGGGAUCCCGUGGCGAAGAGGCCGAACGCUUCUGAUCUCGGCGUACCGUUUGCGACUCUGCUUCUACCGACUAUUCAGCUUGUUUUCAGCAACCUCUACCUUGGAAUCGCUUGGGGAGCCCUGGAUACCGCCACGGCUUACACAAAAAAGUCUACCAGAGCCUGGCCCUUUGGCGGUGAUGUCAAGGAAAAUGCAUCAGACGAAUUUUACAUAUUGUCAACUUACGGCAACUUUCUCGCACAUUUACGGGCGGCAACCGCUCUUGCUGACCGUGCUGGACAUGAGCUUACAAGAGUGUACGGCAAAGCCAGCAACCUGAGCGACAAGAAUGUCGUCUCAGCCGAAGACCGGGGUGAAGUAGCCGAAUGGGUUGCCAGCAUCAAGGUGGUUGCAACCGACGUUGGCUUGCGAGUUACGUCGGGCGUCUUUGAGGCGACGGGUGCCAAAGCAACCGCAAGCAAAGUCGGUUUGGACCGGUUUUGGAGGGAUAUCAGAACACAUACACUUCAUGACCCGGUGGCAUAUAAGAACAGGGAGCUUGGCCGUUACCAUCUUGUAGGUGAACACCCGACUCCUACUUGGUAUACUUGA